AUGCCCAUCCAAGUCUCCCGCAUGACCCCCUCCGACAUCCCCGGUGCAAUAACCACCAUCCAACUCGCCUUCGCCUCGGACCCUUACAACCUCUGGCUCUACCCGGACCGCUCCAAAAUCUCCUUGGAGCGAAACCGCGUCUCCCUCACCCUCCGCUGCAUAUGGGGCAUAUCCCACGGCCUCUUCUACGUCGCCCGCGACACGGCCAACCCAGGCCAGAUCCUCGGCUGCGCAAUGUGGCUCCCGCCGCACCCGACUUGCGCACGGCAGUCGUGGGGUGAGUGGUGGUCGGGCUGGUGGCUGUGGAUGAACCAGGUGCGCAUGAAUGCGUGGUAUGGACGCGGCGGGCUGUCGACGACGCGGUAUUGGAUUUGGAAGGCGAGGCAGGCUGAGGCGCAGAGCGAGCUGUGGACGGAUGCUCAAGGGUAUUAUUUUUGUAAUAUUGUUACCGUGUUGCCGGAGUGGCAGGGGAAAGGGGUGGGCAGGGCGCUCAUGGACGAGGUGUUGAGCAUGGCGGAUAGGGAGGGGAGGAGGGCGUAUUUGGAGAGUAGUCGGUGGGUGCCCAAUGGAGCAAUUUAUGAGAGGUUUGGGUUUAGGUUGGUCAAGGAGAUGGAGUGUAGGGAUGGGGAUGGGGAGAGGGAUGCUGUGACGCUUUAUUGUAUGAUGAGGGAGCCCAAGGGGGGGAAGUAG